AUGUACAUUCCUGGCAUUCUCAGCCCACCCGUGCAAGACAGGGGCUCAGCGGGCUGCCCCCCACCCCCGGCCCCUGCCCCUUUUGAGCUCCCAACCCAAAAGCGCUUUCUUCUCUCCCCUCGAGUCUCCAUGGAGACCCGGGUGCCUUCCCCAUAUCCCCAGCUGCGGCUGGAACCUUCGGGGGGCUGGCACAUCCCCCGCAGCCAGGGAUACCAGGAAGCUCUCAGCGCGAAGGAGACCUUCCUGGUGCUCUCGCUGCACAACAAGCUGAGAAGCAAAGUGCAGCCCCCUGCCGCCAACAUGCAGAAGCUGGAGUGGAGCGAAGCGCUGGCUCGGCUGGCGGGGGCACGGGCAGCCAGCUGCCUGCAGGGCCCCGCUCCACCGGCAUCCGCGGAGCUGGGCUGGAGCGAGGCGCUGGUACCGGUGGGUGCCGGGGGGUUCGGUGCCGUGCUGGAGCGGUGGUUCGCGGAGGGACGGCGCUACGACCACAGCACGGGGCGCUGUGCCAGCAAUGCCACCUGCAGCCAUUACACCCAGCUGGUGUGGGCCACGGCAGGGCGGCUGGGCUGCGGCCGGAACCUCUGUCCCGGCAGCCAUGGCCCCAACGAGGCUUUCGCCUGCGCCUACUCCCCGGGGGGCAACUGGGAGGUAUCGGGGACCCCCGUCCCGCCCUACCAGCGGGGGCCCUGGUGCUCCCUCUGCACCGCCGGCCUCGCCGGGUGCUUCAAGUCCUGGGACCACGGCGGCGGCCUCUGCGGUGAGUGUGCCGCGAACCCCUGCCGCAUGAGCUGCCGGAACGGCGGGACCCUCGUCCUCAGCACCUGCCGCUGCGCCUGUGCCCCCGGCUACACCGGACGCUACUGCCAAGUGCGGUGCAGUGGGCAGUGCCUCCACGGGAAGCUGCGGAAGGAGGAAUGCUCCUGCCUCUGCCACCUGGGCUACGGUGGUGCUGACUGCAGCGUGAAAAUCCACUUCCCCUUCAACGCCUGCGACCUGUGGAUUGACGGUGACUGCUUCGUGGUGUCCCCCGAGGCUGACACCUACUAUGGAGCCAGGAUGAAGUGCCAGGGCAAAGGGGCAAUGCUGGCCCAGGUCAGAAGCCAGAAGGUCCAGGACAUCUUGGCUUUCUACCUCAGCCACCUGGAGAGGGGUAACAAGGUGACAGAGAGUGAUUUUGAAAGCAGGAACUUCUGGAUCGGGCUCACCUACAAGACUUCCAAGGCUUCUUUCCGCUGGAAUGUGGGAGAGCCCUCCUCCUUCACCAGCUUCGCCUUCGGGCAGCCGGACAACCAGGGCUUUGGGAACUGUGUGGAGAUGCAGGCAGCAGCUGCCUUCAACUGGAACGACCAACGCUGCAAGACCCGGAACCGCUACAUCUGCCAGUUCACCCAGGAGCACAUUGCCCUGUGGCAGCAGGAGCCCUGAGCCCCAGGGACCAGACAGUGUGGAGCCAAGCCCAUGGCCCAGGAGGACCCCGGUACCGUGUCAAGCCCGGAUCGUGUCUCAGGAGGACCCCAGUGCCAUGUCGGGCCUGAACUGUGGCUCAGGAGGACCCCAGUGUCAUGUCAAGCCCAGGUCAUGGCUCAGGAAGACACCCUCACGGCUCCUUGUGCAGGGGACAGAGGGAUUAGGGACCCACGGUGCUGGGGCCUGGUGAGAAGGACGCAGACUCCCCAAAAUAGUGACUUCUCCUGUCCCUCACCUUCCUCUGUCACCAGCCCACCAUGACAGCCACCAGGGAUAGGAGGUGUUCCCACAGCAGGCAGGUCCAGCAUCAUCCUCCUCAACUGACAGCCAGGCUGUGUCUUCACAGUGGCCCCGGUGAGAUGAGGGGCCAAGGGGGGCUCUGGCGG